AUUAUUCUGCAACUCUCACUACUAAAACCACCUUACCUAAACUCUUCCUUUUCCACCGAAACCAACAAGAACUUUCCUUGUUCCUUCUUCCUCUUUAUAUAUACAUAUUCACAUCACCUAUUUUUCUGUGUGCUAUCUUUUUCUACAUUUUAAUUUCUAUAAUGGAUAACGAUAGCCCAAGUAUGCUUCACGAUCCGUUAAUUAAUUCAUCAUCCAAAGGCUAUGCAUUAAGCGGGAAGAUAAUGCUAAGCGCUAUUGUUAUAUUAUUCGCCGUUGUUGUUUUUAUGGUGGGUCUUCAUCUUUAUGCUCGUUGGUACCUUCUCCGUCAGCGCCGCCGUGAAAUCCUCCGCCGCCGUAGGAUCCACCAUCGCCGUACCCAUAUAGUGUUCUACGUUGAUAAUCCUACUUCUGGUUUAUCUGAUGCGAACCAGGGUUUAGAACCGUCGGUUCUUAACUCGCUACCGGCUUUUGUUUAUUCAUCGAAGACUCACCCUGAACCGCUGGAAUGUGCCGUUUGUUUAUCGGAAUUCGAGGAGAAUGAAAAUGGCCGUGUUUUGCCUAAGUGUAAUCACUCUUUUCAUUUGGAGUGUAUUGAUAUGUGGUUUCAUUCUCAUUCUACUUGCCCUCUUUGUCGGUCUCCGGUGGAACCGGUAACCGAACCGGGUGAGAACCGGGCUGAGGCAGCAGUAACGCUGAAUGAAGCAGCUGAACCGGGUUCGAGUUCCGGUUUCUGCAACACGUGUCAGCACCAGGAGGGAGAGAAUAGUAGUGUUAAUACGACGUCGUUAGGUGGUCGGAGAAAAGGAUUGGAUCUUACGGGAGUGAGAAUUGAGGUACCAAGGAACGAGUUAGAAGACGAGCUGGAAAUGGGACUCAGACUGAGUUCACCGGCGAGUCAAUCGAGGUCACCGGCGGCUCGAUUAUUAUCUUUGAAAAGAAUACUAAGUAUGAACAGGAAAACGCCCACCGGAGCUAGCCAUUCACCUCGGGCCGGAACGAGUUGCGCCGCUGAGUUGGAUUUAGAAAGCGGUGGAACUCAGUUGCAGCCUCGGGCACAGACACCUAGGUAGGUGAUAAUUGAGGAAUUUAAAAAAUGUCACGCUGAUGGCGUGGCAGAGAAAAAAGACAGGAAGACAAGAAUGACGGACUGUCAGAAAACUCAAAUGAAUGUCCUAUUACACGUGGCACCUGAUGUCGACGUGGCAUGUGCUAAAAUGGAGGGAUUCCCUAUUUUACGCAGUCAUAGCGGACUUGGGCCUUGAAAUUGGGGAAUUAUUUGACUUGUAUAUAUGUGUAGGGUUACAGAUGCGCGACUUGUAAAGUAUGACGUGCAAGAGUCAAAUGACAAAUGUGUUUAUUGCUAAAUUCGUUGAAUUCAUUUUUUUUUUUCCUUAUCUAAAGUAUUUGAAACUUUAUGCUACAUUCCAAAUUACCUUCUUCAUUGGAGUUGUUCAAGGUGAAAAUA